GUGCAAGAAUUAAACCAGCCGGGAGUGAUGGGGGUGUGCAUGCGUGCUAUUCGGAAUUACAAAAUUCAAACUGAUAUCUAAGAGCCAGAAGUCAGGAAAAGUAACUAUUUGUUUUUCUGAGGCUGUAAACUGCCAGCACAUCCACUUAAAUAGAAAAUCUUUUUAACGUUUAUUUGAGUUGUCUAAGACAUUGUUCUGCAACAGAUGUUUAUUGUCUAAACUUCAUUUGCAUCUAGCACAGCUUAAUUUCAGUGGAAAUGUGUAUUGAAAUGUGCUGCUGUUCUGAAAAGCCUUUUCUUUUAAUGAGGCUAGCUGAUAAAUUACGUUUACUUUUCAAUUGCAAAGGCUGUACAAAUACACAAAAUACAAAAAAGUUUGGCUUUGGAUAUGUAUUAUUGUCUUUACCAUUUUAAAAUUUUCUUUGGUGGUCAAAGACACGGCAGAGAAGGGAGAACUGAAAUAUGUGUGGUAGUGGUGAAGGAGCAUCCAGUUUCUUUGGUCAAGUCUGUUCAUGGCCACUUGGAAAGCAGGAAAAUACAAUUCUGGUCAAAUUACAGUGAGUGUACUGAAUGCAUAGCAUUAUACGUUCUUGUGCAGGCAAAAGUAGGUGGUGAAAAGUUAAGUUCUAUUCUCACUUUGUUCUCACUUGUUGCUUUGACUUUCAGAAAAUUGAGAGCAGUUUGGUUCACUCUUUUGAAAACAGAAAUUUCUUAUUUCUCUUAGAUGUAAAGUACAGAGUGACUCAUGAGAUGGUAAAAGCCCUCAGGUCCCUGUGGAACUCUUAACCAGAGUGCCUGCUGGAAACAGAGAGCAGAGAUGUACUGGAGAUGGUUGCUGAAGGGUUUUGGCAUCCUCAUUAUCACAAGUUCCCUGCUGCCUCCUGGCAUUGGGAAUUACACAUUCCCAGAGGAAAAUUGCUGGCCGGGGGAGCUGGUGAGAGUGCAUACAUUUGGGGCACGGACCUCAAUUCUCAUUGGAUUAUGCUGCAACAAAACUCUUACAUUUUUGGUAAAACAAGCCUGGUUUGCAAGCCACUCUCCCGAAUUAAUAUGCAAGGCUUGCUGGAGCUGGGGAUACACAACGCCUGCCCAGAGGAGUGCUGGGAGGAGCGUGGCUUGAUCUCCCUCUUGUGGAAAAUUAUUGGAACUAUAUUCUCGUGAUACUGAGGAAAGAAAAGUCCAGCAUCCAUCAGGGAACAAAUGAUGGCAGCAGUUACCAUGCCACCUUUUGCUCUUGUCAGCCCUCAAGGAAAUGAAGAGAUGGACUCUCUAAUUGUACUGCAUUAUAAUUACACAGGAAAGCUUAAUUCAAGGGAAAAGGCAACUGGUAAUAUAGACCUGCCCGCUAUUGCAUUUCUAAUCCUAUGUAGUUUCAUAGUCCUGGAAAACUUGAUGGUGUUGAUUGCCAUAUGGAAAAACAAUAAAUUUCACAACCGCAUGUACUUUUUUAUUGGCAAUCUAGCCCUCUGUGAUCUUUUAGCUGGGAUUGUUUACAAAGUAAACAUUCUUAUGUCUGGGAAGAAGACUCUGAGCUUAUCCUCCACAAUCUGGUUCAUUAGAGAAGGCAGCAUGUUUGUUGCCCUGGGAGCCUCCACUUUCAGCUUGCUAGCCAUAGCUAUUGAGCGACAUUUAACCAUGAUUAAAAUGAGGCCUUACGAUGCAAAUAAAAAAUACAGAGUGUUCCUUCUCAUUGGUACAUGCUGGCUUAUUUCAAUUUCCUUGGGUGCCCUACCCAUCCUCGGCUGGAACUGUAUAAACAACUUACCAGAUUGCUCGACAAUUUUGCCUCUGUACUCCAAGAAGUAUGUUGUGUUCUGCAUUAGUAUCUUCAUAGCCAUUUUGGUUGCCAUUGUCAUCCUUUAUGCCCGUAUCUACAUACUGGUUAAGUCCAGCAGUCGCAAUGUCACCAACCACAAUAACUCGGAGCGCUCCAUGGCGCUCCUUAGGACUGUCGUGAUCGUCGUUAGUGUCUUCAUUGCCUGUUGGUCUCCACUCUUCAUCCUGUUCCUCAUCGAUGUGGCCUGCAGAGUCAAGGAGUGCUCUAUCUUGUACAAACCCAACUGGUUUAUUGCUCUGGCGGUCAUCAACUCUGCAAUGAACCCAAUCAUUUAUACCCUGGCCAGUAAGGAAAUGCGUCGCGCCUUCUUUCGCCUUGUUUGUGGCUGCCUGGUGAAAUCCAAGGUGGCCAGAUCUUUGCCUAUUCAGCCCACACCAGAUCACAGUCGAAGCAAAUCCAGCAGCAGCAACACCCAGAAGCCAAGGGAAGAUUUCCCACCAAUGAAUGUUCCCUCGUGUAUCACUGAGAAAAAUGAAUCUCCGUUUCACAAUGGGAACUUCUGUAAGUAAAGGACUCCUCAAGAUAAGUCCUUUUCCAUGGCUUUUAGAUUUAAACUACACAUGAAGUUUGAAUAUUCAUGCACUUAAAUCACAGAGGAAAACACUAACCACUUAUUUAACUUUGAGGACUUAUUUAUCAACAAUCAUGUGUUUUGGGUGUUCAUUCAGUAACGCACCUGACUCAGAAAAAAACCUUUCAUGCUGCCCAACAGCCAGGACAGAGUCCAUGUACAUCUAAGGACAUCACACACCACAGUGGCAUUGCAUGCUGAGACUGUAUUUGGCACUUACUCAUUUUGGAAGACAUCACUAAAACCUGUUAGAAACUUUAGAUUUACUAAAGACUGCUGAUGGUUGGAAGAUGAACCCGAUUAUUGUCAGCUGGGAGAAGAGUUCAUUACAUAUGUUGUAAUGUUGACUGUAGUUCUCUAUAUGUAUCUUGCUGUUAUGUUAAUGGCCUUAUAUAUAUGUGGUAUAAAUAGCUGUAUAUUUGUACAAUUUCUUACUAAAAAUUCAUUGUUUGGUGAAAGUUUACAAUAUGCUAAACAUUGUAUUGCAGUAUACAGUGUAAGGUGACUAAUUAUACAAAUAGAUGUGUUUCAAUGGGGAUAUUUAAAAUGAAGUAGUAACUUUUAACUGUCAGGAACUUUAACGUGUCAUAUCAAUGCAGUAUUUUUAUUUUUUUUUCCAUUGUUAUUCAAACUUUUCGUGUUUAGUGAAAGAUAGUAUGGCAGUUGUCACUGUGGCAUUUCACAACGCAUUUUAAGCAAGCAGUAGUAAAUAACCAUUGUGAGAGGAUAUAUAUGUUUGCUAUUUAAAGUAGUUAAAAUGUGACCCCACAAUACACACGUAACAAAUGUUUAUUCACGUACUGUUUCAAUGCAUAUAACUUUGCUUACUAUUUUCAAUGUAUUUAAAAAUUUGUGUCUGACCUACGUAAACCUGUGUACAUUGUGAAUGCACUACCUAAGCUGAGAUCCUUCAGUUCUGAAACAGAGACAUAUCAUUUCAGAAAGCAAUGAACCACAGUGGAUUCCCAUGGAGUUCCUUCUUUCCAGGCACUACCACAGCAUGGGAUUGUGUUGGGAAUUCUCCCUGGGAAGUUCAGCAAGUGAGACAAUAUCCCAUUUUCUGUUAAUGGGACCCUGCACUUCUAUCACCUCUGGAAACUUUUGCAGAUACGAGAGAAAAGAUGCGGUACAACAGGAUCAUGCCGUAGGGUAUAUCUCCAUUUAUACCUGACCCUGCCUUGGAUCCGGAAGGAAAGCUUGUUUAGUUUGGAAGACCUGGAGCCCCAGCCCCAGCCUUUUGAGAGGCUGUUCCAGAGAAACCUGAAAACAACUUUAUGGUUCAUCACUGCCUCACCAGCCUCAGUACAGAAUGGUGGUCAGUGUUAAAAGGCGUUCCCUGAGACCUAGAGUGGUUAAGACUUCAUGAACAUCUGGUUUCAAGUCCUCAUGGAAGCGGCCCGCGGCACUUCCAUCAAUAGUACUUUACGGCUGGAGGCUUCAGUGAAGUUCAGCAGGAAAUUCUGAGGCAAGUUCCCGCUGUCUUUCAGUAAGAAUGUAACCAUCUAACUUUGUUGGGCUCUUUCAAAGAUUUGUGUUUAAGGUCUCAAAACACGCCUUGUCUUGUGCACAAUCAGAAGUAAUUGAGGCUUUUUUAACACACAGCCUGAAAGAGCUCAUCCUUAGCUUUAAUCUGGUCUUAAUCGUUUAAAGCAGCAGCAUUAGACUCUUCGCAAAUAUGCAUAGUGUAUAAGCUGUGUAAUGUGUGUAGCAAAAGCCUUUAAAAUGUAGAGGUUUGCAUUGUGAUUAUCUUUUGCAAAUUAACAGUCUGCUUGUAAAUAUUUUAUGCUGUUAGAAAAGUGUGUAAGAACAAAGAACUCUAUUUGAAUGAAAUAACUGUGAAAAAGAGUAGUAAAUAGAAAAUAAUUUCUACCAAAAAUGUCGAAAAGCAGCGCACUUCGAGAAGAACAAAAAGCUAAACCAAGCAAAGCAUGAUAUAACUAUAUGGACUGCAGAUACAGGCUGCAGGCUCUGUAACUUUGUGAGAAACAAGCUAGUGACAUUGCAUUGCCGUGGCUUGCUUAGGGUUUUAGGUCUUACACUGCUUUUUGGCUGCAUUGUAGAAGUUCUUCUCUGAGGCCGUGUCUUCAAAAACUGCCAGCUAAGAUAUUUGUAUACUUCUAGCUUAGUUCAUGUGGUGGUGGCAUUUGGCAACAUUCCUUGCUAUUGUACAACAGACAGGCCUUAGGAACACAAUAGUUUGAGAAAACUUGGUGGCUGAGCCCACACCAACCCUCAUGUCAAUGAUGUUACAUGAUUUCCUUAACCUUCUGUCUAUCUGCUUGUGACACUUCCUGAGCCAGCCUAAACUGGGCAUUUUCCUCCGUGUGGUUGCACCGUUCAGAUAAACAUCACAUAGUUCUCAGCCAGCAACAGCUCUAAAGUGCCAAUUACAUACUUAAAUAGAUUGUCCAUCAGGUAUCUGUAGUUAGGCUGGCUGCUUUCAGGCAUAAAGCAAACAGCAAACACAACAAUGGCAUUUAACCCAUCACUAUGAUAACCUCUCAGCCUUGGCCACAUUGAUCACCAUAACUGGUCUACUCUGGCCUCAAAUCGGGAGGCCUGGAGACACGCCAUC